GGCCUCGAGAGGGACUCUCAAACUACCACAUCUGUAGCUGUGUGAGAGAGGAAUCAACAUAUCACAAGGACAAGUUUGGGGGAGAUGCAAAGAACUAGAUAAAACGUUGAGUACUGCAGACAAAGAUAAACAAGUAGGUCGAUUAUAGUUAGAGUGGAAAUUGAGCGUUAAAACGUUGGGAUGCCAAAUCAUUGAUGCAACCGUCGCACCUCUUUCUUUAAUUAAGUUAAUCUUUAGAAGCAAGCUACGUUGAAUAUGUAUAUUUUCGACAUAGGAUGCAAGUGAUAAUAAUACUUUUGACACCUUAUUUUGCAUUUGGAAGCAUUUUUCCUAUAUGUGUAGUCUAGUAGGCUCUUGAAAUUUGUUGACAAAUACCUACUUGAAGAAUCAGGCAAAAGUCAUAGAGGGCAAAACAGGGGCUUUUUGGACGGGUGUCGUGGAAUGGCACUCUGGAUAGAGGCGUUUGCCCAACUGCUGUUUCUUGUGUUGGCAUGGGACCCGAGCGCACAAGGAGCGGCACCACAAGAUAUAAAACACGAGGUGUGGUUGCAGCAAUAUGGCUACCUGCCGCCAGGUGACCUGCGGACACAUGCUGCCCGCUCCCCUUACUCCAUCACCACGGCCAUCACAGCCAUGCAGAGAUUCUACGGCCUGACCAUCACCGGCUCUAUCGACAAUAACACUUUAGAGGCGAUGAAGCGGCCGCGCUGUGGAGUUCCAGACAAGUUUGGCACUGUGCUGAAGAGCAACCUAAGAAAGAAGCGCUAUGCUAUCCAGGGCCUGAAAUGGGACAAGACCGAUCUCACCUAUUGUAUACAGAACUAUACCCCUAAGGUGGGGGAAUAUGAGACCAAUGAGGCUAUCAGGAAGGCCUUCAAGGUGUGGGAGAAUGUGACCCCUCUACGCUUCAGGGAGAUCCCCUACAGUCACAUACGGGACAGGGUGGUGGACAUGGCAGACAUCAUGCUCUUCUUCGGUGAGGGUUUCCAUGGUGAUGCCAGUCCCUUCGAUGGCGAGGGGGGCUUCUUGGCACACGCCUACUUCCCCGGUAACGGCAUAGGGGGAGACACUCACUUUGACUCUGCAGAGCCCUGGACGGUCGGCAACAGUGAUCUGUCAGGCAAUGAUGUGUUCCUGGUGUCGGUACAUGAGCUGGGUCAUGCUCUUGGCCUGGAGCACUCCAACGACCCCUCUGCCAUCAUGGCUCCAUUCUACCAGUGGAUGGACACCGAGAACUUCCAGCUGCCUGAAGAUGACCUCAGGGGAAUACAGCAAAUCUAUGGGGGUAGAUCAGGUGGUGGCCCUCGCCCUCCUCCACCUAACCCACGCUCCCCUCACCACCCACCCAAACCCACUCACACCCCAUACAACCCUGGCUUUGGUCUUGACAUCUGUGAGGGACACUUUGACACCAUCGCCAUCCUCCGAGGAGAAAUGUUUGUGUUCAAGGAUAAGUGGUUCUGGAGAGUCCGUAACAACGCGGUUCUGGAUGGGUACCCAAUGCCAAUAGGCCAUUUCUGGAGGGGCCUGCCGUCAAACAUCAAUGCUGCUUAUGAAAGGGAUGAUGGCAACUUUGUAUUUUUCAAAGGAGACAGGCACUGGGUUUUCAAGGAGUCUCUUCUGGAGGAUGGCUACCCCAAGCCUCUGAAGGAGAUUGGAAGUGGUCUACCCAAAGACAAAAUAGACGCUGCUCUCUUCUACACCCCCACCGGCAAGACAUACUUCUUCAGAGGACACAAGUACUAUCGAUACAAUGAGGACUCACGCUCUGUGGACCCUGAAUACCCCAAACCCAUCAGUGUGUGGCAGGGCGUCCCAGACAAUAUUAAAGCUGGCUUCAUGAGCAGAGACCAAGGGCACACCUACUUCUACAAAGCCAAUAAGUAUUGGAAGUUCAACAACCAGAAGCUUCGUGUUGAGCCUGGAUACCCCAAGUCUGCUCUUAAGGACUGGAUGGGCUGUCCAGAGGAGGACCCCAAGACCGAUGGAGGGAGAGGGGGUGGAGGACAAGACCGGGAAGACAGAAAGGAGGAUAGAGACGAGACGGAGGUGAUCAUCAUCGAGGAGGAGGGAGGAUCUGGCGGAGGGGUGGGCGUGGUGGCGGCGGUGGUGGUUCCCCUCAUGCUGCUGGCGUGUGUGAUCCUCACUCUGGGGGCACUGCUGUUCUUCCGCAGGUACGGCACCCCACGCCGUCUCCUCUACUGUCAACGCUCACUACUGGACAAGGUGUAGAGGGGAGGAGAGGGAGAGAGAAGGAACGAGAGGAGGUUGAAGAGUUGAGAGGGACUGUAUAGGAGAGAAAAGAGCAAACAGAGGGAAAUGCAAGUGGAGAUGAGGGAGAAAAAUUAGAGAACUAAAGUCAAAGGGAUCUGUAGACUGUGAGCGAAGGUUAGCCAGAGCAAGAUAUAUUUGUUAGCUGUAGCUUAGAUAUUCCUUACCGGGGCCAACUUAAAUAUGGAAUAGAUUCCUUUUGCUCUUUCACUCCCUCUCUAUUCCUCUAUUUCUCCCCCCUCUUCUGUUCUCUCAUUGUGGUUGUUGACGCCAGCUCAUCGCUGUUUGUUUAGCCUUUUUACAUUUUGUUUUUCAGUUGCUGUUGUCAGUGUUUGUGUCCUGGUAAAUUUCAGCUUUAUUUGAACAUAAUUAUGUGCAGUGCCUCCAUCCAUCCAUUCCAGCACCUAUUGUGUUAAAGAAUACAACCAGCGUCAUGUGAUGUUCUGCUCCAUGUUAGUAGAGGAUGCUAGAUUCUGUCAAAGCCAUUCACCUAUUAAGUGUUGCCUCAUAUACAGUAUCUCAGUUAUAUCACAUGAACUAUGAACGGUCUGGAGAGAGAGGGGAUAAACACUGAGUUUACCAAACAUUAGGAACACCUUCCUAAUAUUGAGUUGCACCCUCCCCCCUUUGCCCUCAGAACAGACUCAGUUCGUCGGGGGAAUAGACUACAAGGUGUCGAAAGCGUUCCACAGGGAUGCUGGCCCAUGUUGACUCCAAUGCUUCCCACAGUUGUGCCAAUUUGUCUGGAUGUCAUUUGGAUAGAGGACCAUUCUUGAUACACACAGGAAACUGUUGAGCAUUUUUUUUAAACAGCAUUGUUGCAGUUCCUGACACAAACCGGUGCACCUGGCACCUACUAUGGAGUUGGGGGGCCAGACCCUGGUUUCUACACAAUGAGAACACUCUUUACAGCAAAUACUGUUUGCUGUGAAUUAUUAGUAUCUUUCAUAUGAAUCUUAACCUUGUGACCCAUUCUAUACACCUGUGAUUUGUCAUGAACAUCCAGAAGGAUGGACUUAGUCCUGCUGGUUGGGCUCUCGCUGAAUCACCUACGUGGGGCUCGUUGACAAGCUCCAUUACUGCAAUAAUUCAAUAAUAAAGUUGACUUGUUUUGAAGAAAUGUAAAAGUCUCUCCUUCUGAUUAGAAUAAUUCCACGACAGACCUUAUAAUUCUUUAAUGUCAUGCAGUGUUUUAAUGAUUAUUAUAAUGAUUAUUAUUAUGAUUAUUAUUAUUAUCAAUGAUGUUGUCAUUAUUAUUAUGUCUAGUACUAUUGUUUUUUGUUCUCCAUGUAUAGAAUGUGUUUGUGUACAUUGUCAUUAAAUGUCCUGCUGGACAGGGAACUACGUUUUGAAAGUGGCCUUAAAUAUAUAUUUGAUUUGAGGGAAAGGGAAUGGGAUGGGGAUAUUAUUUUGUGAAACUUGAUUGUUUUUCCAUCUCAAUGCAAUAAAUAGAAGAUAUGAAAAUGACUCCUUUUUGUCAUUGCACUUGUUUACAGUUCUCAAAUCAUGGUGCUGUUUUUAUUUUUCAGGGACGCAAAGGUUUACUAGUAUUUAGAACAAUAAUAAUGAUAUUCAUUUUUAUAAUUAUAAUAAUUAUAACUACUGUAUUUAAAGUAUUUGAAUAAGAUUGUGCCUGUAUUUUUCACAUUAAUCCUUUAAAUAAAAUGUUUUUAAAAAUG